AUGGGCGCCUCGCGCGGGAGCGGCCCGGACCCCCGCCCGAGGACGCUGAAGGGCGAGGCGGAGGAGAGCAACCGCGAGACGUACGACCGCCUGAUCGAGGUGUUCGUCGAGCGCGACCCGAGGGAGUACCAGAAGCUGAUUGCCUACUCCAAGCAGUGGCCCACGCUCGCGGAGGGCGUGUUCGCGCGGCUGAAGGAGCGCGCGCGGCAGGAGGAGGACGAGAACAGCGACCACGACGCGGCGAUCGCGCUGCUGCGGUGCGAGCGGAAGCUGCGGAUGACGCACGAGGCGGUCCGGAAGUAUAAAGGCAUGGUCAGCAUCUUCUUCGACGAGGGCGAGGAGCAGUGGGAGGGGCUGGUGGCGCGGUUCCGCAGGGAGCUGACGGCGGACUUCUUCGAGUACAUGCGCGGCCUCGUGGGCACCUGCCGCGACGACGAGGCGCAGAGAGACAGGAUCAUCCACAUGGCCACGCGUCUCCUGGCGAUCUGUGAGGCCGCGGACGCCGUCGCGGAGGAGGAGGGCGCGCUGACGCGCGCCGCGGAGGACCUGCAGGGCCUGCUCGAGGCGCAGACGCUGGGCGAGGCCGACGCGAAGAUCGACGCGCUGGCCGCGGAGGGGCGGCUGGACCCCGCGCUGCUCAUGACCAUGGCGAAGGCGUACUCGAGCUCGCGGGACUCGGACCUCACCAGCGACGACGCCAAGGAGAUCAUGGCGCAUCUGUACUUCAAGGCGAAGGAGGCUGCGGCGCGCCAGCAACCCCCCGAGGUGCGUAUUCUGAAACACCUCCUCUCGAUGGAGGACAGGCGCGACCGGCUGAACGGGCUGGACGAGGCGUUCACGCCGGCCGAGGGCGGGGAGGGCGCCGGGCCGGACCUCGCGCUGCCGGCGAUGCCGGGCGCGACGGACCAGCUGUCGACGACGCCGCAGCGGCUGCUGACGACGGUGGACGCGGUGCUGGGCGCGUACGAGCGCGGGCUGGGAGCGCAGAGGCAGAGCGAGAUGGGCCAGGUGAUGGCGGGGGCCGGGGUGACGCAGCAGGGGCCGGCGGGGAUGUUGGGGGACGCGGCGGCGAUGAUGGACCCCGUGGUGAUUGCGCGGUUGCGGGAGAUACAGGAGGACAUCAAGAAGCAGUACCUCUAG